AUGGCCAACAAAGUUCCUGUUUCACUGCACUCUCAUGCAUCCAAUGUUCCAACCCUCACUGGACCAAAUUUUUCGGAAUGGUCUGAGCAUAUUCAGUUCACACUGGGUGUAUUGGACCUUGAUAUGACAUUGCUUAUUGAAAAACCUGCGGAUAUUACUGAUGAGAGUUCUGAGGAACAAGUGUUCAAUUUCAAUUCAUGGGAAAGGUCGAAUAGGCUCAGUUUAAUGUUCAUGAAGAUGACCAUUGCGAAUAACAUCAAAACCUCCCUACCACAGAAUAUUAAUGCACUAGAAUACUUAAAGGCUAUGGAAGAUUAUUUUAAAUCUGCUGAUAAGUCACUCGCUGGCACAAUUAUGGCUGAUUUAACCACCAUGAAAUAUGAUGGUAGUUGUGGAGUUCAAGAGCACAUCUUAAAUAUGUUUGACAAAGCUGCAAAGCUUGCAACCUCGGGAAUGAAAGUGGAUGAGUCAUUCCUUGUUUAG